CUUGCCGCCAGAUGUCACCACCGAGCCGCUCUGCCGCCUGAGCGGCAUAUUUCACAUAACACAGAGCUGACGUCACGUGUCAACACCACGCAAAACUUGUCGGUCUCGCCCAAUCAGCGUUAAGUCGGAUAGACGCUUGUAAAGAUGGCGACGGUACGGCGCAGAGGAGUGAAAACUGGACUCGUAGCAGUGAACAAACACCUCUGGUCGAAGCUCCGAAAGAACUGAUAGCGGCACCGGGAGCCAAACCGAGUCGGUCCGCUGGAUGCUCGCACCUCACCGUUGGCGGCCGAGUCGGAGACGCCGCGGCUCUGUUUGCUGUUGUUCUCGGGAACUCCGGGUUCUCUCGGACCGCUCAUUAGCUCCAAGUUAGCCCGCGUAGCUUCACUGGCUGCUUGAAUCUACCUUGAUGGCAUCUGCGUACCGAUAGCCUCCGUCGUGCCGAAAGCUGGGAUCUUUCAAAGUUUUUAUCCUGACUAAAACUAAAAACAAAAACAAGCCAAACGGCCGCUAAUGAGUCGCCUGGAUUGAAAAAAAAACGUAUUCGAGGAGGAUCUCGGCACUGUUGGGAGUACAGAGGAGGGACUUUCAGCCGACAUGUAUUUUCUAACCGGCUGGCCCCGGAGGCUGCUUUGUCCGCUGAGGAGUGCUGAGGAGCCCUUUCACAUCCAGCCCAGCUCCCAGAGGCUGUACUUCGCCCUGCUGUCGGAGACGCAGCUCAGCGUCUGGUACUCUCGGCCCAGCGUUUUGAUUGUCAGCUACAUAGAAUCUGCGAAGGCAGCGGGCCAGUUCGGCUUUUACCAGAAAGCAGAAUGGAAACCAGACGACUCCAUGAUAGCCGUGGCGACUGCCAAUGGCUACAUCCUUCUGUUUGACGUAUUGGGUGCCGGGGAGGAAAAGUAUCUCUAUGAGCCUGUAUAUCCAAAAGGAAGCCCUCGUGUGAAGGUGACUCCUGGCUAUAAAGAGGAGCAAUGCGCCCCCGCUCUUUCUUUAGAGAUGAAGAAGCCUGUGGAUCUGGAGGCUCCUAUCACCAGUCUUCAGACUCUCCAGGAGGACUUACUGGUUUGCACCGCAGACGGAUAUCUCCAUGUACUGCACUGGGACGGGCUCGGCAGCAAUGGACGCAAGGCCAUCUGCCUCACUACAAUCCCCUUUUCAUUAGACCUGCAGUCCGCUCGAGGCGGUCCCUCUCUGGACUUGGAAGGAGUCUACAUCCGUUGCAUGGAGUACUGUUUGACCCUGGACGGCUUCGCUGUAGUUCUCAGUGAUGGGCGCCUGGGCUUUAUCACACCGCUGAGCAGCUCAAUCACUGCAGAUCAGCUGCAGGGAGUCUGGGCAGCAGACGUGACGGACGGCACCUGCGUGGCUGUCAACAACAAGUACAGACUGAUGACUUUUGGCUGCGCCAGCGGUUCAGUGUUUGUCUAUAUGAUCGACACCACGACAGGAUCGAUGCAGCUGUCCCACAAACUGGAGCUCACACCAAAACACUAUCCAGACAUCUACAACAAGACCGGCGCCGUCACGGCGAUCUGCUGGUCACCUGACUACAGCGUUAUCAUGGUAACGUGGGAGUGUGGCGGCCUGUCGCUGUGGAGCGUCUUUGGGGCGCAUCUCAUCUGCACUCUGGGAGAGGACUUUGCGCAUCAUUCAGACGGCACCAAGAAGGACCCCCUUAAAAUAAGCUCUAUGAGCUGGGGAGCAGAGGGCUACCACCUGUGGGUGAUCCCGAGCAGACAGGAGAGGCGGAGACAGGAGGACGGGGAGGAGGAGGAGGACGUGGAGAUGGUUUCUCCUCCUCACCCGUCUCUGCAGGCUGGGAUCCUGCAGUUCCACUUCAUCAAGAGUGCCCUCACAGUCAACCCCUGCACGAGUAACCAGGAGCAGGUGCUGCUCCACGGUGAAGACCGCCUCUACCUGACCUGUGGCGACCCCACUCAAAUCCACAGCACCCCCGAUGCACACAGCAACCUGCAUCCACGGGACGGCAGCCCGCUGCACCACCCGCCCAAUCCGGACUCCUCUCUUUCUCAGGGACUCAGCACUUUACUCGGACACAAGCACUGGCAUGUGGUCCAGAUUCACGGCACAUACCUAGAGAGCAACUGGCCAAUACGGUUUGCAGCCAUAGACACAGCAGGACAGUGCAUGGCUGUCGCAGGCAGGCGGGGCUUUGCGCACUACUCCUUAUUCACGAGGAAAUGGAAGCUGUUUGGGAACAUCACUCAGGAGCAGAGCAUGACUGUGACAGGAGGUCUUGCCUGGUGGAAAGACUUUGUUGUGGUGGCGUGCUACAAUUUUACAGACCAACAAGAGCAGCUGAGGCUCUAUCAGCGCUCGUCCAAUCUGGACAACGCCUUCGCCUCGGUCACCAGGCUGCACUCAGACACGCUGCUCCUCAACGUCUUCAGAGACAUGGUCAUCCUGUUCAGAGCCGACUGCUCCAUCUGUCUCUAUAGUAUAGAGAAGAGAAACGACGGUCCAACGCCAUCUGUUAGCGUGGAGCUGCUGCAGGAGGUGUCCAUGUCUCGCUACAUCCCUCACCCGGCCCUCGUGGUCUCCGUCACGCUCACGUCGGUGCGCACAGAGACCGGCAUCUCUUUGAAAGCACCGCAGCAGGCCUGCAUGGCGGAGAGCAUCAUGUUGAACCUGGCCGGCCAGCUGAUCAUGCUGCAGAGGGACCGAUCGGGACCGCAGCUCCCGUUCUGUCCCCCGGUCGUGCUGGCGCAGUGCGUGGAGAACGUGUGGACGACGUGUCGGUCCAACAAGAAGAAGCGCCACCUGCUGGAGGCCCUGUGGCUGUCCUGCGGAGAGGCGGGAAUGAAGGUGUGGCUGCCGCUGUUCCCCAGGGACCACCGCAAGCCGCACUCCUUCCUCUCCCGACGCAUAAUGCUGCCCUUCCACAUCAACAUCUACCCGCUGGCCGUGCUGUUCGAGGACGCCCUGGUGCUGGGAGCGACCAACGAGACCGUGCUGUACGACGGGCUGCAGGGACCCUCCGAGCCACUGGAGGCGCUGUUUCCUUACUGCACAGUGGAGAGGACCUCCCAGAUCUACCUCCACCACAUCCUGAGGCAGCUGCUGGUUCGCAACCUGGGCGAACAGGCUUUGAUGCUGGCUCAGUCGUGCGCCUCCCUCCCCUACUUCCCUCAUGUCCUGGAGCUGAUGGUUCACGUGGUGCUGGAGGAGGAGGCGACCUCGCGGGAGCCCAUUCCCGACCCGCUGCUCCCCACCGUGGCCAAGUUCAUCACGGAGUUCCCCCUCUUCCUCCAGACCAUCGUCCACUGCGCCCGCAAGACGGAGUACGCUCUGUGGAACUACCUGUUCGCCGCCGUGGGAAACCCCAAAGACCUGUUUGAGGAGUGCCUCAUGGCUCAGGACCUGGACACGGCCGCCUCCUAUCUGAUCAUCCUGCAGAACAUGGAGGUUCCUGCGGUGAGCCGGCAGCACGCCACUCUUCUCUUCAACACGGCUCUCGAGCAGGGCAAGUGGGACCUUUGCCGGCACAUGAUCCGAUUCCUCAAGGCCAUUGGCUCUGGCGAGAUGGAGUCUCCGCCCCCAACGCCAUCGACUCAGGAACCCAGCUCUACGGGCGGCUUCGAGUUCUUCAGGAACCGCAGCAUCAGCCUGUCUCAGUCUGCCGACUCCAUCGCGACGGGAAAGUUCAACCUGCAGAAGACCUUCAGCAUGCCCAGCGGAGCCUCCGCCAAAGGGCGGGAGGCGGAGUGUCCGGAGAACAUGUACAUCGACAUGAUGCUGUGGCGCCACGCCCGCCACCUCCUGGAGCAGGUGCGCCUGCGCGACCUCGGCUGCUUCUCGGCCCAGCUGGGCUUCGAGCUCAUCGGCUGGUUGUGCCGGGAGAGAAACCGCGUGGCCCGGGUCGAGGACUUCGUCUCGGCCCUGAAGAAGCUCCACAAGGAUUUCCUCUGGCCCUUCCCCGUCAUUCCCGUGGGGAGCCUCAGCUCGCCUCUGAAGAACGGACGCUGCCGCAGCGUGCUGAGCACGCAGCUGCUGAAGUCGCGGUCUGCAGACAGCCUGCUGAACAGCGACAUGGAUACGGCGCCGCCUCCGACGGCCGCCGCUAACCUGGCCUGGAUGGACGGGCUCGGGCAAAACGCCAAAGACGCGGACACGGCAUCGUCGGCUCACUCCGACCGAAACUCCCCGCAGACGCACGACGCCUUCCUGUCGCUGCUCACCAACAAAGUGGAGGAGUACAGCGUGGGCUCGGCCACAGACCUCACAGAGACCAGCUCGGUGGUGGACGGAGACUGGACCAUGGUGGACGAGAACUUCUCCACUCUGAGCUUGAGUCAAGCCGAGUUGGAGCACAUCUCCAUGGAGCUGGCCAACAAGGGUCCGCACAAGUCGCAGGUGCAGCUCAGGUACCUCCUCCACGUGUUCAUGGAGGCGGGCUGCUUGGAGUGGUGCGUCGUGAUCGGUCUGAUCUUGCGGGACGCUAACGUGAUCAAGCAGGUGAUCAGCUUCCUGGACAGCCCCGAGGUUCCUGCAGAGACGUCGCAGAGCGUCCGCAACGGCUUAUUGGCCGUCGACGCCUGGGCCUCCGCCGACUGCCUGGGAUACAAACCUUUUCUCAACCUGAUCCAGCCACAGCUGCAGCAGCUGCUCCAGUCGACGUCGGAGCAGGUGCAGCCCGAGGCCUUCCAGCCCGCCAGCCAGAGCUGCAAGCUCGCCGCCUCCGAGGGCCCGGGGGGAGCCGCCGCGCCUCGGCCCGACGACGGCAGAGGGCCGCCGGCCCCGCUCGGCCUGGCGCUGCCCUCGCUCGAACCCGCCGGCGCCUUCUCCCGGCCUCCGCCCGAAGACCCCCCGCCGGAGCAGACGGAGGAGCAGGGGGAGGAGGAGGGCACCUACGACUGCGCCUUGUCCUGAACGCCGGGACCAGUGGUGGACCUUCAGCCCGUCAGGUUGGGACAGGAGAGGAGCGGCUGACUGGAACUAGACUUUGUCUUGUUUGUAUGAGCUCAGAAGGCUUCCCCCUUCACCUCAGUCAGUAUUACAUAAACCUUUAAAUCCGCCCUCUGUCCACGGCCGACUCCGACGCUCUCUAACAUUUCACCAAAAUGUGCUGCUUGGAGAAAGGUCACCUGUCUCUCUGUGUAUUAUGUUUUUUUUUUUAACUCCUCCUGGAGGCGUUGGGAAGCUGCAGAGCGGCACAGGCAGGCGGCGGGCGUUUUGUUUUGUCCCAAUAAAUGCAAAGAGCUCGAUCGUCGUCGCUCAGCAGAGCUUUGCUCACAAACCAUGAGGCGUGUCUGCAGCUGGCGCGCUUCCAUACCUCAUCGUUUUAGGGUGUUUUUUUUGAUACCUUUUUUUUUUUAAAUGACGUAACCGGACAAACUAGAUUAUUUUUCUACUGCGAUAUUCCCCCCGUGAAGAAGCCGUGGUUCUGAUGUCUAGGGUCGUCUCAGAAGGGAAUCAGCUGCACGCGAUGCGGCUGUCGUAAGGUACCAGAACCCCAGACCUUCCCCGGCUGCUUUCUCCCCUCAGACCCUUAAACCAAGCAAACGGGGCGUAAAGCAGAACCCAGACCAACCUUUAAACCUGGUUUUUCCGGUACAAAAACCACUCACUAAUGUGCUCUUAUAGCUGCUCUGAUUUAUUGUCCCCCCCCCUCCCCUCCAUCUCGCUCCUCUGCAGUGUUAGCAGUGAGUUUAAAUGGAGCUGAUCUCGUUCACCAUCUUCCAUCCGACCCGACGUUCCCUCAUCCCUGUGUUCAUCACGUAUUAACGUAGACGGGCGGCCUGAUUUUAUCGUAUUAGUCCUCGUUAUCGCUGUUAUUUAUUGGCAUUCUAGCUGAGCGGAGGUUUGUUUUUAUGACUGAGAAUGAGCUUAAAUAAUCGGACUGUUCAACCACAGGCACUAAAGGGGUUCUCGUCAGUAUUAUGAUGUGCAAUGCGUCGGAAAUGUUACUUAAGCUUUAUGUUUUUAGGUUUUCUUUCUCCUCCGCUGAAAUCGUCGCCUCGUCUGGAUCCCCCGUCUCCUACGGGGGGGGAAAAAAAUAAAAGGGUCGGUGCGAUUUGAAUUCAGGUCCAGCGGGUCUCACGCUCACGCUGCGACCUUCAUUACACUUGAAAACAGUAAGUCGAUGAACCAAAGACGUCCAGAGGCCUUGUGUUGAAACCCCAGACAGACAAAACGUAACCAACACCACUUCUAAACUGACGGCGACCGAAUCAGACGGUUCCCUAAGGAAAUGAAUAUUGUAUUUUGGGUUUAUUUUCCUCCUGUGCAGGGUGAUUAUUUGGGGAGGGGGGGUACAGUCAGGCGUGACUCCCUCCUUGCUGUGUACAGUUUAAAAGUAUUGUCUGUCAGCAGGCAUCCUGAAUGCAGUGUAAAAAAAAGGACUCUUGUACAUUUUGUCUUUUCUACUCAUUGUUCCUUUUUCUACUUCAUUUUUUUCUCCCCCCCCUGUGUACAU